AUGGACGAUGUAAAAGACAAGAUGAAAGGUUUCAUCAAGAAAGUCAAUAACCCUUUCUCAUCUUCAUCCUCUGGAAAAUUCAAAGGCCAAGGUAGAGUUCUAGGCUCUUCUUCAUCUUCUUCAUCAUCAUCUGCACCAGUUAAUUCCAUUUCUACCCCUCGCCCCUCUCCUUCUCAGAAUUCCAAUCCUAUUUCAAAACCUAAACCUAAACCUAAUCCCGAACCCGAACCUACUCUACCGAUUGCUUCAGCUUCUGAUAAUAGCAGAACUGAAAAAGCUCGUAAACCUGGAGAUGGAUUUGAUCCGUUUGAUUCUUUGGUCACUUCAUCUCAGAGAUCUCGAAAUGGGUAUUCAGUCAAUGUAUAUGAAUGUCCCAUUUGUAAAACACCGUUUAGAUCUGAAGAUGAGGUUUCUGAACAUGUUGAAAGUUGUUUGAGUAAUCCAGUUAGAAAUGAUGAUGGUGAAAAAUUGGUAGAGAGUGAAGUUGUUGAUGAGAGUAAUACUGAAUUGGAGAUUUGUGUUGGGAGUUAUGUUUCGGGGAGUCCUUCGGAAGGAUCGGUUGAUAUUGUUUUGAAGUUGUUGAGGAAUAUUGUUAAGGAGCCGGAGAAUGUUAAGUUUAGGAAGAUUAGGUUGAGUAAUCCAAAGAUUAAGGAAGCUGUUGCUGAGGUUAGUGGCGGGGUUGAGUUGUUGAGCUUUUUGGGUUUUGUACUUAAGGAGGAGAAUGGAGAGACAUGGGCGUUGAUGGAGGUUCCUGCAGAGGAGAAGAUAGGUUUGAUUAAGAAAGCGAUUGUGUUGUUGGAACCACAAUUGGUAAAGGAUCCUCCUAAGAAAGAGAGUUUAGUGUCGACAGCUUCUGUUGAGAAAGUAGCCGAUGUUGAACCGAAAAAAAUCGACAGACAGGUGAAGGUCUUCUUUGCUGUCUCUGAAAGCGUUGCAGCUAAAAUUGAGCUACCAGAUUCCUUCUACAAACGAUCAGUUGAUGAGGUGAGAAGAGAUGCUGAAUUAAGGAGAAAAAAGUUUGAAGAGUCUCAGCUUUUAAUCCCUAAGUCCCUUAAAGAAAAACAAGCUAAAGCUGCAAAGAGGCGAUACACAAGAACUAUCAUUAGGAUUCAGUUUCCAGAUGGAAUUGUACUUCAAGGUUUAUUUGCUCCAUGGGAACCGACUACUGCUUUAUAUGAGUUUGUCAGCUCUGCAUUAAAAGAACAAGGUUUGGAAUUUGAGCUAAUGCAUCCUGUAGUUGUCCAACGGCGAGUUAUCCCAUGUUUUCCAAAAGCAGGGCAAAAAGCCAAAACAAUAGAGGAAGAAGACUUGGUACCUUCUGCUCUAAUCAAGUUCAAGCCCCUAGAAACAGAUUCUGUUGUUUUCACUAGUCUCAGAAAUGAAUUGCUUGAAAUUAGUGAACCACUUGUAAAUGGUUAA